AUGGAAAAUAACACACUAGCACCAAAAUCAGAAUGGAUUGUGCACCGCGCGGGGAGCGCACCGGCGUGGCGCUACGUCACGCACCGGGGCGGAGAUCCGUUAAGGAGAGCGUUCGCCGAAAAGUCUCGCGCCUGCCGUGACGUCACGCCAGCUGUGCGAGCCGCAUGGAAGGCGGAGCGGCGUGACGUCACGCGCUGGCCCACCGCCGCCACCAGACCCACACGCCUUGAGUCAGGCUUUAUAAUUGAGAACCGCCGCCGCACCAGCCACAUACCAACAGACCGCCGAAGGGGCAACACGUACAUUAAGUGGCCG